CAACAUAAAAUGAACAAAGUUGAGACGAUAAAUAUAUUUUUUGUUUGUGUCAGAGUGUUAUUUGCCGUUUCUACGAGAGAUGACUAUUAUACAGAAUGGAAGGGAUAUAAGUUUUACAGAAAUACAACACCAAUUGGACACGAUACUUCUUUCUCGGUAAUGCGUUGCUCGAUGAAAUGCCUCGUAACAUCUGCAUGUGUUGCAGCAAAGUUUGACGUAACAAAAGCGGACUGUGAAUUACACCAAAUAUCGAACGUACAUUCACCAAUUAUGGUGGUAACUGAAAACAGCAGUGUAGUCAUUGUAAAGAGUGAAUUACAUACUGAGGACUUAAGUGGCAGCUGGAACAAGUAUGGAGCACCAGAUUGUUAUAUUGGAAGUAGCUAUAACUACACAGGAAACUACAGCAAAACUGUUUCCAACAGAGAUUGUCAAGGAUGGAGCCAAAAUUACCCACAUACCGUCAACGAUAAGCCAAUAAAUCAAGAUGACCACUCCACAAAUUACUGUCGUGCCACGUCAUUCGAUGGCCUGUUAUGGUGUUACACAACAGACCCAAACAUAUCCUAUCGAUGGGAAUACUGUCCGAUUAUUCCAUGUGAGUAG